AUGGUUGAUGUGUGGAGUGCCGGUGUGAUUUUGUACAUAAUGUUGGUAGGAGUUCCGCCGUUCUACGGCGAGACGGCGGCUGAGUCGUUUGAGGCGGUGCUGAAGGGAAAUUUUAGGUUUCCAACAAGUAUUUUCAGGUCGGUGUCGCCGGAGGCGAAGGAUCUGUUGAGGAAGAUGAUCUGUAAAGAUGUGUCCAAGAGGUUGUCGGCUGAUCAAGUUCUGAGGCAUACAUGGGUCAUUAUGGGAGGAGAGGCUGGAUCGAUGGCUGAUCUCACUUGA